CAACAAAUGAAAAUCUAUAGUCAAUGAAAUGAUACCCUGAAUAUGUUGAGAAGAUGGAAUUUGUAGUCCAACCUAGAAUUCUAUACCCAGAGAAGACAUCUUCAAGAAUGAAGGCAGGACAAUUGACUUGUGUCCUUGGGAAACCCCCGUUGCUCCCUUUCCCCUGGCUGGCAGUGAGGAGGCCACACUAUGGCUGGAGUUACUAUAAAAGACAUGAACCAGCAGGAGUUCAUCAGCGCUCUGGCAGUCUUCCUCAAGUCUGAGAAACUGAAAGUCCCUAAAUGGGUGGGGGGUGGACACCAUAGCAUAAAGAGGUUGCUUGCUCCCUGUGAUGAGAACUGGUUCUACACAUGGGCUGCUUUGACAGCAUGGCACCUGUACCUCCAGGGCAGUACUGGGGUCAGCUCCAUGACCAAGAUCUAUGUGGGAUGUCAGAGAAACGGGGUCAUGCCCAGCCACUUAAGCAGAGGCUCCAGGGGCGUGGCCCACAGGUCCUGCACACCUUGUGAGGGGCUGAAAACAAUGGAAAAGGACCAAGAUGGGGCUGUAGACUGAUAUCGGGGACAGAGAGAUCUGGGAAGAAUCACUGGACAGGUGGUAACUGCCUCCCAGAAGCAUCAGAACAAAUGUUGGGUUAA